AGCAAACGAUGAUUGUGAAAGUGAAAUGAAGAUAUCGUAAAUAAUGAGAUCUAAACCGAUCUAAUCAACUUGAAAGCACACCUGGCGGCUGUUCAGCUCUUACUGAGUGUGCAUAAAGGCAACCUUAUGUUCAAGCAAAGAGUAAAGAACUCAUAGAGAUUCGAAAACAUAGAAUGGAGUCGAGGAAAUGUUUUGGUUGCGGCCAAACUGGGCAUCUAAGACGUGAUUGCCCAAAUAUUGGAACUAACAACUCAGAGCCGAAAAAUACAAAGUGCUUUGCCUGUGGAGAAGAAGGACAUUUCCGAAGCUGUUGCCCAAAUGGGGCUUCAGAACGUGCCUCUGUGCGUAAUAGCAACGGAGCCCAAAGUUCAGUUCAUGCGUUUCUAGAGAGCGAGAACGAAUUCGUUGAUACUCACUGCCAUCUUGAAUAUUUAUUUGAUCGGCAAAGACACCAUGGGGGAUUUUCUGAAUAUAAAGCAAAGCACCAUUUUCCCAAGUCGUUCAAAGGAUGUAUUACAAUGUUCUGUGAUCCGGCUGCAUUUUCCUCUUUUGGAAGCUGGCAAGAUUUGGUGACGGAAGAUGGAGUCUGGGGUGCGUUUGGAUGUCACCCACACAAUUCGGAUUAUUACACCGAGACAAUGGAAUCUAAAAUCAUUGAAUGUCUUAAACAUCCGAAGGCUGUCGCUCUGGGUGAAUGUGGGUUGGAUUACUCAAAACGGUCAAAGGCCCAGCCAUCAAAGCAAGCAGAAGUAUUUGUUAGACAAAUGAAGCUAGCAGUGGAGUUAAAAAAACCUUUGAUCAUUCAUUGUCGUGAUGCAGAAGCUGACACCUUAGACCUCCUCAAGUCAAGCAUGCCAACUGAUUGGAAAAUUCAUCUACAUUGUUAUACAGGGUCUGUAGACUUUGCCCAGAAAUUUCUACAUCAGUUUUCAAACCUUUACAUAGGUUUGACAGGAAUAGUCACAUCUUCUAAUGCCAGAGAUGUGCAAAAUCUUGCUCGUCAAAUUCCACUAGACAGACUGCUUCUUGAAACAGAUGCUCCCUACUUUGUACCAUCAAAGAUUUCUAAGAGUCACAAGUGGGCCCACCCAGGCAUGGCUAUCUAUGUUGCUGAAGCGAUUGCUGACAUUAAAGAGAUUCCAUUUGAAACUGUUCUUGAGGUAGUGAGAAACAACACAAAACAUAUUUAUGGUAUAUGAUCUUAUUAUUUUAUUUCAAAAUAUAAUGGUACUUGUUUAUGGUGUGUUUAUCUUUAAAAAAAUUAUUCGCCAAAAUGUUACUAUGAUUUAAUUAACUGUAAAUAAUUUUAGCUAUAGAUAUUCAGUAUCAUUAUUGUAACCAGCUGCUUUGGAUUGAAAUUACUAAGAGGCUCAUAUAACAAAAUCUUCCUGCGUUUAGUGUAAGUUUAUUAAAUGUUAUGACAUAUGCGGUAAUGUUUGGAUAAGGAGAAUUAGUCCUAUUGCCACAAGAAUUUGUAUUUAGUAAUUUUUGACUAUUGAGUAAGUAGCUGGUUUGGUGAGAGUUAGCUUGUAUUGGUGUUCUUGGUUUGUGACUGACAAUUAAUACACUUCCUAUUCACUUUCUCACAUGGCAUGGUAUUAAAAGCCUUUCUUUGGUUUAUCCAUUAGAAUAUGAAUUGAUUUUAAGUAAAAUUUGAAAACCUGAAAAAGCAGCACUUAUAGAGUAUAGACUAUACCAUGAGCUAAAUUUUCAAUUUUCAAUUGUUUUUAGAUGAUUUCUGAAUAAUUUUAAUUUUCUGAUAAGACACAAUUUACACAGGACUGUAAAUAUUGAAAAUGUUAUUCAAACACAAUGGUAAAAUAUAAAUUACUGAUGCUAUCACAAGAAAAGUAAAUUAAGGAUUCACUGCAAUUUUGUCUAACCACAAUACAUUUCUACUGAGAAAUGCAUAAACCUUAUGUCUUAUAUGAUUAUUUAAAGAAUUGGCCAUCAGGAAGUCAUUCAUUACACUUAAAACCAAAUCGUUUUCCAAGAACAAGUUCCGUUGGCAUAUGAUAUGGUUUCAGCCAUAUCUUUUUGCGACAAGGGCCUACGUGACAAGGUUCAUGAAAGUAAAAUCAUAUUUCACGAAUACAGGAAGCCAAACAUUGUAAGAUGUCAACUGGAAUCUAAUAUGUUUUUUUCUAAUUUGGUGAAAUAACUGCAAAAUCUAUCUUGUAUUUUCUGAUAAAGUUAAGCUUUUGUGGGAUUUAAAUUACAUCCAAUAAAAUUGUCCUUUAUAAAA